AUGUCCACACUUCGUCAUGUCGCUGCGGCACUGGCCGCGGCUAGCCUUGCUGUCCCAGCUUCCGGUUACGUCGCCAAAAAUGUGACUGGUUAUGGAGUUUGCACGAAAACGACUGUUGCUAUCUUGGGCGGUGGCAUGGCCGGCAUUGCUGCUGCUCAAGCACUCACGAACAACUCAAUUACUGAUUUCAUGAUCCUCGAGUACAAUGAUGUUAUUGGUGGUCGCGCCCUUCAUACAAAUUUUGGCAAGCAGGAAGACGGCUCGCCUUAUGUCAUUGAGCUCGGCGCAAACUGGAUUCAAGGCCUCGGCCAGCCCGGCGGACCUGAAAAUCCGAUCUGGACUCUUGCCAAGAAACAUGGACUCAAAAACACUUUUUCUAAUUACAGUUCUAUCCUUACCUACAACGAAACUGGACCGUCAGAUUAUUCGGAGUUGCUGGACAGAUACAGCAAAGCGAACGAGAAGAUGUCGGCCCACGCAGGAACCCUCCUGGCGGAGAAUCGCCAAGACCAGACGGCUCGGGCGGGGCUUGCAUUGGCGGGAUGGAAUCCCAAACACAGUGACAUGGCCGCGCAGGCAGUGGAAUGGUGGAGUUGGGAUUGGGAAAGUGCCGUCUCACCAGAACAAUCGUCGUUGAUAUUUGGCGUCGCAGGUGCGAAUUUGUCGUUCAAUCAGUUCAGCGACGAGAACAAUCUGGUCAUCGAUCCACGCGGCUACAACUACAUUAUUCAACAAGAAGCCCAUACCUUCCUGAAGAAGGACGACCGUCGACUUCGUCUCAACAGUCACAUCACAAACAUCACCUAUUCGGAUGAUGGCGUCACCAUUCACAGUGAUGAUGGUAGCUGCGUAUCUGCGGCCUACGCCAUCUGCACGUUCUCUGUGGGCGUGCUGCAAAACGAUGUGGUAGCGUUCGAGCCGGAGCUGCCACAAUGGAAGCGGACUUCUAUACAGAAGUUCACCAUGGGCACCUACACAAAAAUCUUCCUACAGUUCAAUGAGACAUUCUGGCCAGAGGAUACCCAGUACUUCUUGUAUGCUUCCCCAACCAAGCGCGGAUGGUAUCCGGUCUUUCAGUCUCUCUCCACUGAAGGUUUCAUGCCCGGUUCCAACAUCAUCUUUGUCACAGUCGUUGCAGACGGGUCAUAUCGUGUUGAGCAGCAGACGGACGAGGAAACGCAGGAAGAAAUCAUGGAGGUCCUGCGUGAGAUGUAUCCCGACGUCAACAUCCCGGAGCCAACUGCAUUCAUGUACCCACGAUGGACCAAGACGCCAUGGGCCUAUGGAAGCUACUCGAACUGGCCCGCAGGUACUACGCUGGAGAUGCACCAAAAUUUACGCGCCAACACAGGCCGUCUCUGGUUUGCCGGUGAGGCCACUAGCGCCGAGUACUUUGGCUUCCUACACGGAGCCUGGUUUGAGGGACGGGAAGCCGGCUACCAAAUUUCCUCCGUCAUGCAAAACAAGUGCAUACAGGUUUACAACAAUACGCAAUUUUGUGGCGAAACAAGACCACACUACGACAAGCUGUCCGGAACAUCGCCGCUCGAGAACUACAAUCUACUGAACGGCUGGGCAACGAGCAGUUUCUAUUCCGCUGUUGACCAGAACGCGGAAUAG